AUUCAAGUAGAAAUGCAAGCCAACCUGAACUAAUAAUUCAUAUGCAAAAUAGCUCUAUCUACAAGCACACUCGGUAGAGAUAAGACCGAUGAGCAAGGGUGAUAAGCCCUCGAUGAUGUGAAGACAUCUUGGAUCAUUGUCAGUGUAGUAGCGUCUGAUCUCUCGGAAGAAAGCAUCUGUGAAGUCUCAAGAUCCCGAUGGCGGUCAAAUUCGCCUCCUGUCUGACAAUAAUCUUGUCUCUCACGCUGACCUCCUGUUUCCCUGCCAACGGCCCCGCCCUGCUAGCGAGAAGGUUGCCAGACAAUGAUUUCCAUCUCCUUGCCAUACUACAGAUCCAUGAUGAGCGUUAUCACACGUUAACCUACAAGAGACUUUGGGAAAUAUCAACCCCAAGUUCUUUUUCUGAAGCGAUACCGGAAUCAGAAAGGAGAGAUGGGGAUGCAUCUCGUUCACUUCUUCCUGGCGUCACGCUGUUUCCCGUGGCCAAUAAUUCUCUCGUGCCUUUAAUCGCCAAAGACACAGCGUCUCAAAUUUCCGAAGUUUACAAAAGUCGAUCGUUAGAGAAAUCGGAUAAAGUUGUGACGAAGAAUCCCGAUGAGAUCGAUGCUUAUGUUACAGAUGGGAACCCGAAACAGAACGAUGAAGUUUACUUUUUCUGGACUUGGGAGGCGGUCGUGAUCGUGAGCAUCCCUGUGUUGUGCAUUUCUUCCCUGCUCAUCAUCAGCUUCCUGACGAGGACUCGCCUGGGUGUCAGGCUCUACAGGUUCCUCACAUCCAAGCACAAGUUCGACCUCGAGAUCUCGCGCCGCAUCAGCCAGCAACUAGAGCAGCCACACGUCUUCCGGAGUGCUGAGGCAACGACCGACCAGGGGGAGCCCAGGAACGGUGAAGAAAACGGGGAGUGUGUGGCCGUGGAACUCAGGUACAACUCAAGCAGUGAGAGUUUCGUGCCCUACUACGACAGUCUGGAAAGCAGGGAUAGUUUCGACAGCCAGUAUAGCAGUGAGGGAAGUAGGCCCGAUAAUUACGUCGGGAGCAGCAGGAGUACGAGGGAACAGAGGAGUGCAGGAAGGAAAAGCAGUGCCAGCAGUGAAGCGAGUAGUGUCAUCUACCACAGCACUAGUAGACGUGGCAGUCAGGAAAGCCAGAGAAGUUUGCCAAAGCUCUGGGGCGGUCGACGGAAAGGCAGCAACGACAGUCAGAUGAGUUUGGACAGUCAGCUCAGCGUACACAGGCGAGGAAGCACAGAGAGUCAAAGAAGCAUAAUGAAGCUCUGGUACGCUAGACGAAAGGGAAGCACCGACAGCCAGAUCAGCAGCGACAGUCAGUCUAUCGCAAGCAGACGAGGCAGUUCAGACAGUCAGAGAAGACAGAUAAGCACAGACAGACACAGCAGCAUGGACAGUAGUUACGGGAGCUUAGACAGCCAAGGGAGUAAAGAAGGCCUAGAUAAUGUCGGAACCGGAGCACGGACGAAGAGGAGAGACAGUCCCAGACAACUUGAAGCCUCCUUGCAAGAAAUGACCACAUAUUCUCAAGCAAAAGCGCGGAGCCUUGAUUUGGGUGAAGAGAGGAGGUCGCCAAGAACCCUGUCCCUUAUACACGAGGAGCCUCCAGUAUAAGAUAAAUAACGAUAAUCUUAGUAUUUAGGAAUCAUAAUGAUAAUAAUAACAAUAAUCGUAAUCAUAAUGUCAUGACAAGAAAUGGUGAUACAGUCAAUAGUCUCCAAUACUGAAUAGUAUAGUACUUAGAGCUAUAGUACUUAGUAAUCCUCAUAAUAGAGAUAGUAUUAGAUGAUAGUGAAUCGUGAUAAUCGUGUAGAUAUGUGACCGGGUUUUCUAUUUUAUAUGCAAAAAAAUGUUAAACUAGCAUUGAACGUUUAUUUAUAUAGUUUAUAAAGUCGUAUUACGUAUUCCUUUGUUUCUUUUGCCAACUGUAACUUACUUAAUUAUGCUUUAUGUACAGCAUUUCAAUAUAUGUAAGCAUUAC